AACGUGUACGACCAAAGCCGUUAAAAACUGUUGAAUCAACAUGGGGUGUGAAAUGUCGACGGACGGACAGGCGCUCUCGUCAGUUAUAAGGAAGGAUCGUUCAGAGUUGUACAAAAGCCCCGGUAUCGGUGACAGAGAGGACUGGCGCCUUCCCCUGGACGCCUGGCAGAGGUUUUACCUGCAGAAGUCGUGGAAGACCGUGGCGAGAAAGUCGGACCAGGCGGCCAGGACCGUGUUUCUGAGGAUGCUGCAGGACAAUCCAGGCUUGCGGCAGAAGUGGCCGAGAAUCAGCCUUCUUACCGAGGAGGAAAUACCGACAAGCCCUUAUAUUAAGUUCUUAGGUGAGCGCAUCUUUGACUGCCUGGAUUACAUAAUAGAUAACCUGGGAGACCUGGAUCACGUGAUCAGUGAGCUGACCAAACUUGGACGCCAGCACUCUGACAUGAACGUCAUGACGCCGGAGGAUGUGUGGGCGAUAGAGGCUGCUUUCCUCGCUGGUGUACAGGAGUGUUUGGAAGAUCGCUUCACUAUCAAGUAUGAGGAAAUCUACAGUCGAUUCAUCGUUUUUGUAAUCGAGACGAUGGUGAUCGGAUUUGACCCACAUUAGCGCCUUUUGACAUAUCAUCAUUAUGGUUUAUACGUAAUGAAAAUGCUUCCAUUAAAAUAACAUUAAUCAAGCUGUAGAUCAUGUAAUUAGUAAACCAGGGAGAUGGCAAACCCUAGGAAUGUCCCAAGGACUUUGCUUACACCAAACUUUGACAAAUUAACCUACAUUCAUGUUAGCUUUGUAAGUUAAUAUUGUAUAGCACAUUUAGCAUCACAAACAAUUAGGGAUAAUCUAUGGUUUGCAAAUAUAUAAUGUAUUUGUAAGUACAU